CAUAAAAUGUGAGAGACCGAAGCAACCGAAAGCCACAACCACAUUCAAAAUGUGUGCCGCAUAUCAGGAGGAUGAACAGCAGCCAUCGAACUGUGAGCAAUAUCGGAAUUUUACGAACCGAAAUUCAUGCAUAUCAAAAUAAAGUCCGAUAAUUCAGUGCACAAAAUAUAUACAGCAAUAUAGAAAACGGGAGAGAGAUAGAGAAAGAGAGGUUAAGGACCAAAGCUAAUGACAACAUGAGAGUGGAUUGCAGCAGCAAAUGGCUCGUACGAAUUUCUGUUUUUCUAUUCGUGGUGGUGCUCUCCGCGUGGCAUCCACUGCGGGCCGAGAGUGAGGUGAUUGGCGACAUAGAGGAGAAGGCGGAGGGGCUGGAGCAGGAGCAGGCGCAGGAGCAGAGGAUGCAGGCGACACCCAGAAGCAGAGUGCGACGCCAUCAUCAGCACCAUCCUGAUUCGUAUCCGGCCCAGCAUCAUCAUCAUCAUCAACAUCAUCAUCAGCGCCCACACCAGCACGAACAGAAUCAUGGCAGCAAACACAGUCGGAUACACAGCAGACAGAGUCACUACGAGGCCCUGGAAUUAGAGAAGCACCAACAGCAGUUGGGCAAACACUGGCGACAAUGGAGGCAGUGGAGCAGCAGGCACCUGCAAGCCCCGGAUUAUGUGAAUGAUGAGGCACAAACGGUGGAACUGGACACGUCACAGUCAGAGCCACAAAAUCGGCGUCUCAGCGACGACCAUCUCUAUGAUCAAUUCGAUGUGGAAGAGUACCAGCGCCAUGGCAACAUUGAAAUGGCCGCUCCCCGGUCCGGACGGCAUCGUGGCCGCCAUUUGCCGCUCAAGAGCACCAACAACUUGCUACUGCCCCUAAUGGCGGUGGACGGGAGUGGCAAGUACAUGCGCUCCCUGCCAGACUCCGUGAGUUUCCUGAACGAUCGCCUGCACGCCGUCCAGCCGCAGCGCCACUGGCCGGUGAAGCGCGAGGCCCUGAUCGAGGGUGAUCUGAUAUUGGGUGGCCUGAUGAUGGUCCACUCGCGCGAGGACAGCAUCACCUGCGGCCCGAUCAUGCCCCAGGGAGGCAUCCAGGCGCUCGAGGCCAUGCUCUUUACCAUAGACAGCAUCAACAAAGCCCAGCUGCUGCCCAACAUCACGUUGGGGGCUCAUCUCCUGGACGACUGCGAUAAGGACUCGUAUGGCCUGGAGAUGGCUGUGGAUUUUAUCAAAGGCUCUAUCAGCAACAUUGACGAUGCCGAAUAUCAUUGCAACAAGACGCAAGUAAGGAAGGUCAUCUCCGGGGUGGUGGGCGCCGCCUCCUCGGUAACCUCCAUACAAGUGGCCAAUUUAUUGCGCUUAUUCCGCAUACCCCAGGUAUCCUACUUCUCGACCAGCCCAGAGCUGAGCAACAAACAACGCUUUGAGUACUUCUCCCGCACCAUACCCUCGGAUCAUUACCAGGUGAAGGCCAUGGUGGAGAUUGUGAUGCGGAUGGGAUGGAGCUACGUUUCGAUUAUCUACGAGGAGAGUAAUUACGGCAUCAAGGCUUUCGAGGAGCUGGAGGAGCUACUGGCGCGCCAUAACAUUUGUAUUGCCAUCAAGGAAAAGCUGGUGAAGGAUUCUGGAGUGGCCGAGGAUAUUGCAUACGAUAAUAUCGUGCAAAAGCUGUUGACCAAGCCACGCGCUCGAGGUGCCAUCAUCUUCGGGUCCGACCAGGAGGUGAGGCAGGUGAUGCGGGCUGUACGGCGGGCCAAUGCGACGGGCUCGUUCUCCUGGAUAGGCUCCGAUGGCUGGAGUGCUCGAAAUCUUGUUUCCGACGACUACGAACCAGAGGUGGAGGGCACCCUCUCCGUGCAGCCGCAGGCGAAUCCAGUGCGCGGCUUUGAGGAGUACUUCCUCAACUUAACUGUCGAGAACAACCAACGCAAUCCGUGGUUCGUAGAAUUCUGGGAGGAUCAUUUCCAAUGCCGCUACCCAGGCAGCACCAGCACCCCCUACAACAACUACACCAAACAGUGCACCAACAAAGAGCGACUCUCGCGGCAGAACACUGACUUUGAGGAUCAGCUGCAGUUCGUUAGCGAUGCGGUUAUGGCAUUUGCCUACGCUCUUAGGGACAUGCAUCACGACCUGUGCGGGGGAAGGCCCUCGCUGUGCGAUGCCAUGAAGCCCACCAAAGGGGCCGACUUGCUCAAAUAUUUGCGUAAAGUUCAAUUCAAAGGACUCAGCGGCGACCAUUUUCGCUUCGACGUGAACGGCGAUGGACCGGCCCGGUACAACAUCAUCCACUUCAAGCAGUCGCAGAUCGGCCAGUACCACUGGGUGAAGGUGGGCGAGUACUACGAGGGCGAGCUGCGUUUGAAUAUGUCUGAGGUGAAGUUCAAGCGACUGAGUCCGAAGCCACCAGAGUCCGUCUGCAGUUUGCCCUGCGAUGUUGGUCAGGCCAAGAAAUAUGUCGAGGGCGAGAGCUGCUGCUGGCACUGUUUCAAUUGUACAACUUAUCAAAUUCGUCACCCUGAUGACGAGACCCAUUGCCAGCUGUGCAAAUGGGGCACGCUGCCCGACGCCCACAAGCAGUACUGCCGGGCCAUACCAGAGGUGUACUUGCGACCAGAGUCUGCCUGGGCCAUUGGGGCCAUGGCAUUUAGCUCCACGGGUAUUCUGAUAACGCUCUUUGUAAUGGGCGUAUUUGUCAAGCACAAUGAUACGCCCAUAGUUCGAGCCUCUGGACGGGAGCUGAGUUACAUCCUGCUGGCCGGCAUUUUCAUGUGCUACGGCGUCACCUUUGCCCUGGUCCUGAAGCCCAGCAACAUAGUGUGCGCCAUUCAGCGGUUCGGCGUGGGCUUCUGCUUCACGGUUGUAUAUGCUGCACUGCUGACCAAAACGAAUCGCAUUGCACGGAUCUUCAAAGCAGGCAAACAGUCUGCCAAGCGCCCCUCGUUCAUUAGCCCGAAAUCUCAGCUGGUGAUUUGUAUGUUCCUUGUCACGGUCCAGAUACUCAUCAACGGCGUUUGGAUGGUAAUUGCUCCAUCACAUGCCAUGCAUCAUUAUCCGACACGCGAGGAUAAUAUGCUCGUUUGCGACUCGUAUAUAGAUGCCUCCUACAUGAUUGCGUUCUUUUAUCCAAUCGUUUUGAUUGUAAUUUGCACUGUCUACGCGGUCCUCACGCGAAAGAUACCAGAGGCAUUCAACGAAUCGAAGCAUAUUGGCUUCACCAUGUACACUACCUGCGUGAUUUGGCUGGCAUUUGUGCCGCUAUACUUUGGAACCGCCAACCAUGUGCCCCUGCGCAUAACCAGCAUGUCGGUGACCAUCAGUCUGUCCGCGAGUGUGACCAUCGCAUGUCUGUUCUCGCCCAAGCUCUACAUAAUACUCAUUCGUCCGGAGCGCAAUGUGCGGCAGAGUAUGAUGCCUCCGCGCCAUGGCAACAUGCACCGCACGGCAGGAACAGGACCCUCGUCGAUGAUGGCCGCAGCGGUGGUGGGCGCCGCCACCUGCGCCCAGGAGGAGAAGAUACAGAGGCACAUCACGCCCACCAAUACGGAGGCCUCGCUGAAGACGAAAAAAUUAUGCGAAAUGGCCACGCAGACGAUUUCCAGCAUCUUCACUUCGCUGGACAUCAACGCCUAUAACCAGAUUCCCUAUGCCGAUCAGUUUGUGCCAAAUAAUACGGCGAUAGAAACGAGCACGCCCACGCCCCCAGCCAAUGGAGACAAUGAGGAGCACGUGGUAUCCAACAACAACAAAAUCAAUCAGAUGCAACACGGCCAGGCAGCCGCUACCAAUGUUGUCUCCACGGCCGUCAAUGGUAUUACCAGCGCGCCGGCAACCACAGCAGCAACAGCCGCGGCAGGAAUUGUGGGAACAACAGCAGCAGCAGUGACUGCGAUAGCUGCCACAGUGACUACAAUUGCAACAUCCACCAGCACAGAUGCAACAGGAACCACCAAUGCCACCAAUGGCAGCCAUCGGGGGCCCGUUCUGCAGACAAACUUAUAACUAAACGCUCAGGAACUGCAGCAGCAGCUGCUAAAGGAGCAGCAUCGACAGCGGCAACUGGAGGCACUGGACCCUCAACAAGAGCCAUUGAAGGAAGAGCAGCAGCAAACAAUGACGCAAGGUUCCGGCAGCGAUGGCGGCAGCAUAGGUAGUGGAACCGCCUCCAGGAAACGGGCAGCCAUACCCGUCUAAGGUCCACCAUGGAAGCAUCCAAUAACAAUACGCGCGAGUAAGUGGCAGAAAAUGUGAAUAUACUGUAAGUUUUCUAAAUGUCCAACAGGACGGUACAGGGAGAGAGGCAGCACUGGGAACCGGUUGGGGAACGGGAACGCCCUCUCAUGUUCCUGCUAAGGAAACGAUAACUAUAUCAAACUUUAGAACUUUAGCAGUAUCAUGUGAGGGCUGGCCCAAGGGAACUGAAUGAAGAACAUAAGAGUAUAUAUCCGCUAUUCCGCUCCCCUCAACCGAAUAAAUUCGGUUUCCAAUGAUGUACGCGUAACCAAACCAAACGAUUUGUCAAACAAUUUGUCAGCCAUUAAGAAGUAAAUGAAUAUUAAGUGUUUAUCUUUAAGCUUGUCUAUCCCUUUCUUCAAGGAUUGUUUGAAAAUAUUGCAGAAAGGAAUAAGAUAUAGAGAUGGAAACGUAAACGGAAACGGAAAACAAAAGAAAAUGAAUGAAAAAUGUGAUAUAAUUUCAAAAAUGUGUUUUCUAAAACUACGAUUAGCUACGAGUAAGCCAUUUAACUAUCUGAACAUACAAUUUAAGAGUUAUGCAUAGGCCAAUGUACAAGCUGAAGGUACAAGUAAGACCUGUACCGCAGCACUGGAGAAACAGUUGACAAGGGGGCGCAAUUAUGUUCCCAAGGGGCUGGGACCCAGCCCCUUUGGAAUGUAGCGGCGGGAGUGGAGCCACAGCCACGUACAACAAUUGCAAUUAAAAUUGCAUUUAUUGUGUUGUUUGAGCCCAGCAACAUGGUAGAUUUAAUUGUUGCCCAGCUAAAGUGUUUAUAUGUACAUAUAUAUAUAUAUGAAUAACCUCUAGCCUCUAGUUCAGUGUGUAUAAAUAUUAAUGUUAAUUGUGCCGCUUACCAUUUGAAUGUUUUUGAAAUGUGUUGACUCCAAAUAAACUAUAUUUGCAUAU